AUGCAACACAUUCCUCCAAAUUUUAGAGGGGCGCUGUGGGAGUCCAGCCAUCCGUGUAUUCCCAUUAUUAAAAAUAGACAAACUCUAACCACACUGCCCUUUUAUAACUCUCUGCUAUGGGUGCUCCUCGGAGUGUUGACGUUCCCGUGUUGUGUCCGAUGUUUAAUAUUCAAAGUGGGGGUCCUUGGGCCUUGGAACUGCGACCCUGUGUACUACAGGGCCCUGCCCGCUGCGGCUGCCAGGCUCGCUGUAAGCAGGAUAAACGGCGACUUGAACCUGGACCUGGGCCUGAAAAUGGACUUUCUCAUCCUCCAGGAGCCUUGUGAAACAUCCAAAGCUCUCACCGCCUUUAUUUACUAUGAGCGGAUGGCGGAUGCGUUUUUGGGCCCCACAAACCCCGGAUACUGCAACGCAGCUUCUCUGCUGGCUAAGAACUGGGAUAAGGCCGUCUUCUCUUACGGCUGUCUUAACUACGAGCUGGACCGCGCCACGGGAUACCCGACUUUUGCCAGGACAGUGCCGUUUCCCGUCGAGGUGUUGUUCACCGUGUUGAAACACUUCAGGUGGGCCAGUGUUGUGGUGGUCUCAUCCAAUGAGGAUAUUUGGGUGGAUACUGCUGGGAGAGUGGCCACUGCCCUGAGGAACAAGGGGCUUCCCAUUGGCCUGGUUACACCUAUUGGUAUUAAUGAGACAGAGGUGGAAAGCACACUGAGGAAGAUCCAGGCUGCAGGACAGAUCAGAGUCAUAAUCAUGUGCAUGCACUCAAUCCUGGUUGGAGGUGAGCAGCAGGCUAGUUUUCUUCUCAAAGCACAGAAAAUGGGUCUGACUUCGGGGAAGUAUGUGUUUGUUCCCUACGACACUCUCCACUACAGCGUGCCCUACACUAAUGCCUCCUAUGUGCCGCUGCAAAACAACAGCAGGCUGAGGGAGGCCUAUGAUGCUGUGCUAACUAUCACUGUGGCCUCUGAGCCUUUGUCCUUCAACGAGGCAUUCACUGCGGCCAAGAGGAGUGAGGAACUGACGCUAGGCGUGCAGGCAGAGCAGGUUAACCCACUAUUUGGGACCAUCUAUAACAGCAUCUACCUCCUGGCUAAGUCCAUCCACAAUGCCAGGAGAGCAGGCAUGCAGCUGUCAGGCUCAAACCUGGCCUACUUCACGAAGAACACAACCUUCAGCGGUUUCAACCAGAAGGUCCAGAUGGACACUGCUGGGGAAGUCAAGACCAACUAUGUCGUCCUGGACACUGACAACAGUGGGAGUCAGCUGUACCAGACUUAUGUGGUGGAUCUAACAUCUGGAGUGCUUCGUUUUGCAGGGAGGUCCAUUAAUUUCCCAGGAGGAUCCCCUCCACCAUCGGAUUCCAACUGCUGGUUUGAAAAGAAUGGUGUCUGCACAGGAGGUGUGGAGGUCACCUAUAUCGUAGUGGUGCUGGCUGUCAUCUUGACUCUUGCCGUAGGAGGGCUUGGAAUAAGUCUUUAUAUCCGGCGGCGGCUCCAACAAAUCCAGCUUGUCAAAGGUCCCAAUCGGAUCUUGCUGACUUUGGAGGAUCUGACUUUCAUCAACCCCCAGCUUAGCAAAAAGAAAAUCACAUUAGAGGAUCUGAGUGGGUCCAAGAGCGCUCUUGACGAGAAAUCUGCAGAACCCUCACACUCUGUAAACAGCAUACAGACAGAAACUCACGAGACCACCAAUGUAGCCGUGUAUGAGGGCGACUGGGUUUGGCUGAAGAAAUUUGAAGAGGGGCAGUUCAAGGAGAUGAAGCAAAGCACCACAAAGAUUUUCACAAAGAUGAAGGACCUGAGAAACGAGAACGUCAAUCCAUUCCUGGGCUUCUUUUUGGACUGCUCCAUGUUUGCGGUGGUGACGGAGCACUGCUCGCGGGGCAGUCUGCAGGACCUGCUGAGGAAUGGGGACGUUAAAUUAGACUGGAUGUUCAAGUCCUCACUUGUGCUCGACCUCAUCAAGGGUAUGAAAUACCUUCACCACAGAGAAUUCCCCCACGGCAGACUAAAAUCUCGUAACUGUGUGGUGGACGGGCGUUUUGUCCUCAAGAUUACUGACUAUGGCUUCAAUGAGCUGCUUGAGUCUCAGAAAGCUCCCAUAGAAGACCCUCCACCUGAAGAUCUAUUUUGGACAGCUCCAGAGUUCCUGAGAGACCCUGCAAGCUCACGUAAAGGGACUUACAAGGGAGACGUGUACAGCUUUUCUAUUAUCCUCCAAGAGGUGGUGGUCAGAGGGCCACCGUACUGCAUGCUUGGUCUGCCACCUGAAGAGAUCAUCCGUAAGGUGAAGAAGCCUCCUCCAAUGUGCCGCCCCACCGUGGCCCCGGACCAGGCUCCACUGGAGUGUAUCCAGCUGAUGAAGCAGUGCUGGAGCGAACUGCCCGACCGCAGACCAGCCUUUAAUGAGAUCUUUGACAGGUUCAAGCUCAUCAACAAGGGUAAAAAGACCAACAUCAUUGACUCCAUGCUGCGGAUGCUGGAACAGUACAGCUCCAACCUGGAGGACCUCAUUAGAGAGAGGACAGAAGAGCUGGAGGUGGAAAAGCAGAGAACAGAAAAACUGCUGUCUGAGAUGCUACCACCUUCUGUGGCCGAAGCUCUGAAGACCGGUGCCACAGUGGAGCCAGAGUACUUUGACCAGGUGACAAUCUACUUCAGUGACAUUGUAGGUUUCACCACCAUCUCCUCACUCAGCGAUCCCAUCGAGGUGGUCGACCUUCUCAAUGACCUCUACACUCUGUUUGAUGCUGUGCUCAGUAACCACGAUGUCUACAAGGUGGAGACCAUUGGUGAUGCAUACAUGGUAGCAUCAGGUCUGCCAAAGAGAAACGGCAACAAGCACGCUGCUGAGAUCGCCAACAUGUCUCUGAACAUCCUAAGCUCAGUGGGAACCUUUCAUAUGCGACACAUGCCAGACGUGCCCGUCAGGAUACGAAUAGGAAUCCACUCAGGGUCCUGUGUUGCUGGGGUGGUAGGUCUGACUAUGCCUCGGUACUGCCUUUUUGGAGACACCGUCAACACUGCCUCUCGUAUGGAAUCCACUGGGCUGCCUUAUAGAAUCCAUGUGAAUAUGAGCACUGUGAAAAUCCUCCAUUCUCUUAAUGAAGGCUAUAAAAUAGAUGUCAGAGGCAAGACAGAGUUGAAGGGUAAAGGUAUUGAAGAAACAUACUGGCUUGUGGGGAAAACAAACUUUACAAAGCCUUUGCCAAAACCUCCAGAGAUCAAACCAGGGGAAGACAAUCAUGGACUGAAACCUGAGGAUAUAGCUGAGUACAGGAGAAAGAAAGCUGAGAAAAAGGCUUGA